AUGUCAGAGCUCGACGAGGAUUACUUUACGACUCUUAAUUUAUUUACCGCCACUUAUCACCGAGACGUGUACGAUGCUAUUAAUCCAGAAAACCCGCGGUUGUCGCAAGUGGGAAAGGUGGUUGUAAUCACUGGAGCUAGCAGCGGGAUCGGAAAGGAGGCCAUCGCGUUGUCGUUUGCAAAGGCUGGUGCAAAGGCCCUCUACCUUAUCGCUCGAAGUCAAGACGGCCUAGACAAGACCAAAGAGCUGAUUCUUGCGAUCAACUCGGAUGUCAAGGUUUUUACAAAAGCUAUGAGUAUUACAGAUGAAGAUGCUGUUCGAGAACUCUUCCUCCAGAUCAGUUCUGAAUAUGGCAAAGCGGAUGUACUCAUAAACUGCGCGGGAGUCGGAUCUGGUGGGCCUUUCUUGACGGCUCCUGUUGUAGAUAUUUGGCGAGAUUUUGAGGUCAAUGUAAAGGGCACUAUCAUUAUGAGCCAGUAUUUUGCGAAAGCACUAGGUAAAGCCGAUAAAGGUCGCAUUGUUAACAUAGCAAGUUCAUUCAGUCCAUUCAUGGCGCCUGACACAGACAGCUAUGCUCUUAGCAAACUAGUUCAGAUUCAAAUGCAACGGUACAUCACCGCAGGAAACCCAAACAUCUUUGCCGCAAGUCUUCACCCGGGAUCAGUCCGUUCAGCCAUGACAGCGCCAGAGUGGGUGCGAUUCUCAAAGGAUACGCCCUCGUUGGCGGGAGGAGCUGCUGUGUGGCUAUCGUCCGCAGAGGCUGAUUUUAUGAAUGGGCGAUACUUUGACGCAUGUUGGGAUGUUCCUGAGCUCAUAGAAAGGAAGGAAGACAUUAUUAAGAAAGGGCUGCUCCUAAUGGAGCUGCGUGGCGACUUUACGGGGGGGAGGAAGUAG